AUGGCCUCAAGAAUUUCCACUCUGAAUUUCCAUUUUGCUCUGUUAUGUACAUUUAGUAUUGCCCAAAUGUCCUUGGCUGGAGAUCCAGACAUCACCUCUGAUUUUUUAGUCCCACCAGACGCAAACAAUAUUGAUGGAAACUUCUUUACGUUUACUGGGAUGCGUGCCCUCGUUGAUGGAGACUUCCCCACAAAUUUUACGGUCAUGAAAACAAACAUGGUAGAGUUCCCUGCUCUAAACGGGCAAAGUGUUUCCUAUGCAGUUCAUCAAUUCCCAGCUUGUUCUACCAAUCCUCCCCGUACUCAUCCCCGUUCAGCUGAACUCCUGUUCCUCGUAGCUGGAAGCCUGGAAGUUGGUUUCGUUGACACAACCAACAAGCUUUUCACUCAGUCACUGCAAGCUGGUGACAUGUUCAUCUUUCCUAAGGGCCUUGUGCACUUUCAGUACAAUGCUGAUGCGAAGAAUCUAGCUUUGGCGUUUUCUGCUUUUGGAAGUGCAAAUGCAGGCACUGUCUCACAUCCGAGGACUCUAUUCGCCACUGACAUUGAUGACAACAUCUUGGCUAAAUCCUUCAAAACUGAUGUUGCUACUAUUCAAGCUCUCAAGUCUGGUCUUGCAUCUAAAUAA